GCAGCAGCAUCAGUAAACGAUCAACACUGGCGAGGUGCGCACACGCAACGCUCGCUGCAUAUAAAGAAACACGAACAACAACAACAGCAACAUAAAAAGCUUUCAACAUGUAUGUGGAUACGAAAAAUUUAACGGCAGCUAGCACCAUGGCCCAACAGCAACAACAACAACAACAACAGCAACCGGCAGCAACAACUUUACCUAAGAAUCAGAUGAGACGUAUGCGAAAAGUAUGGCAACCAUUGAAACGCCUACUCACAGUGGGUGGCAAGGGACGACCCACUCAACUUACACUCGUACAUCCCAACAAUGUGGAUCUCAACAAUACACAACAACAGCAACCACAACAACAGCAACAUCAUCUGCAGCUAGAGGAAUUUACUGAUGAUGAAAGCAAAACAACUUUGGAGCUAGAUGCAUCUUCCAUAUCAUUAUCUCCAUUGCUGUUAUCAUCACCCUCAGAUAAGAUAGUGGAGCAAGUUGUUGAUCUGACACCACCGCCCAAUACGCCCACAUUGAUCAGCAGUGUCUAUGUGGAAAAGGUGUCAAUUAACCAAGGCUGUGGAUCUUGCCAACAUGGACGCAACUGCCAGCACACACAUCAUCAGACUCAGUCCCAGCCUCAUCCUCAGCAAAGCAAUGGCCAAUCAUCAGCGUGGGAUCAUUUGCCAUUGCCAUUGCAAUACAUAAGCACCGAUAAUGGCACAUUCUUUUGGGCCAAUACCCAGGAGCGAGUGGACGAUGAUCUGUUGCAUGCCUGGCUAUGUCAGAGCUUUAGUCAAUUGCCUGGCACACUUUGUUAAGAGUAAUCCCCGCACCCAAGCAACCAACUAACCAACCAACCAGAGAUCUCAUUUUUUUUUUGUUUGGGGGAAGGGAGUUCCCCCAAAACAAUAAUUGUAAUUGCCUUAUUUUGUUUGUUUAUUCACACCAAUUUAUUUAUUUAUUUUUCCCCCAACUUGCGCAAUAUUUACUUUCAUUCAUGUGAUAUUAAUUU